GAAUGAAGCAGGACAGCUUUGUGCCCGGCCACAGCUUCAUUGGCGAGGGCGUGGACAUCACCUCACUGGAGAGAAAGGGAGCGUUUGUGGUGGACACCAGCCAAUGGCAGGGCCCCAACGGGACGUGCAUCCUCUGCCGGAAUCCCUUGAUGAAGGGGAAGCUGCAGAAACUCCCCUUGGCUGGCAUGGACUGGCGAGUACUUCAUACGUGUCAUCAGGAUGUCAGCAGUUCCAUUGAGAAUUUGGAUGUGGAUGUCGCAAAUUCAAUGGCCAAGGAGGUGAAGAACGACUGGAAAGCAGAGCUGGGGUUAGGCACAGUGUUAAGCAAAGCAGGGCUGGAGCUGCCUAAGAUGCGGGUGGCCCUUGCUGGAUCUCACUCCCGGAUGGCUAUUUAUGCACAUGAGAAAUCCCGCCAGGACAGCCAUAUUUUUGUGAGGCAAGAGGUCUCCUGUGCAUACUACAGGCUGAGACUCCGCCAUAGACGCUCACACCUAGCCUCCCAUUUCUCCCACGCUCUGGCCAGUCUGCCAAGGAGGAAUAACUCUGAGGAAUACCAGCAUUUUAUCAACAUCUAUGGCACCCACUACAUCAGCAAUGUGCAGGUGGGCGGGCGAUUGCGCCACCUGCUGGCUGUGCAGACAUGCAAGAUGGCCCUGUGGGGGAUUACCGCUUCCAGCUUUGAGAGCUGUUUGGGCUGGGAGGUUUCUCUGGGACACAAGUGGUUAUUCGGGUCCGCUUCCCUGAGUUCUAAGUGUGAAGACCUCCGGAGGACUUACACUCGUGGAAUCUUCCACGAUGCUUACGCCAAGCAACGCACUGAAAUUGUGGGAGGAGAGAAGCGAGCAGAGAUUCUCUUCUCUAAACCUGGAGCCCAGAACUUCUCUGCAUGGAUGGAGAGUGCAAAAACAAAGCCUGGGCUGGUUUCCUAUUCUCUCCUACCCUUGCACACCUUGUUGAACCAGAGAGACCCAAGGAGGGAUUUGCUGAAGCAAUCCAUUGUGAACUAUAUAAACCAGAGAGCUCUGAAGAGGAACUGUUCACAACCGUGUCCACGCUGGAGCUCUCAGAGCUCAGAUGAGGAAUGCACCUGCCGCUGUCAUCACGGCAGCUUCCACAGCAAUAUGUGCUGUGCCUGGGAGCGGGGCAGAGCACAUCUCAAAUUUAUUGUGCACAGAGGAUACAACCUUCGGGGUAACUGGUUAGGUAUCACUGAUGGUUAUGUCAAAAUUUUCUUCCACGGUCAGGAAAGGAGGACCAUCGUCAUCCCACAUAACAAUAACCCCUGGUGGACUGAACCUAUUGAUUUUGGGGCUGUCACACUGUCAGGCCACGACGUCUUUGAGGUGCAGCUCUGGAACAAAAACCUGUGGGGCGAUCGUAUUUUAGGCCACUGUGGCCAUAACCUGCAGGCUGGAGCUGGUACUGUCUGGCACAAAUGUCCUGCAACACAUGGGCACUUUGAUUAUUAUUACACGCUGGUUUGUGGUCACACAUUGAGUGGCCCUUUCUGUCAUAAUUACGUCCCCUUACGGCUGCCCACUUCUUAUUUCAAUUAGUUCCCUCCCCAACCAUCCUUUUCCAUGUGUUUCAGGACCUUAUGCUGAAGAAGUAGGCAGGUUCAUUGAAAAAAUCAGCCAGAGUUACUUAACAGCUACCAUG